AUGGGGCCCGGGCAGCCGGUGGGCGGCGCGGCGGCGUCGCUGCUCCGGACGAACUCUUCCCUGCUCAGUGGCGGUGGCCAGCCGGGGAUGAUGGGCGGCGGAGGUGGUGGUGGUGGUGGUGGUGGUGGCGGCGGCACGCUUUCUUCACAGUCGCCCUUCUCCUCCCUUGUCUCCCCGCGCACGCAGUUUGGUGGUAAUGGUCUGCUUGGAGGCGCCUCGAAUGUCUCCUCGCUGCUGAACCGGCCGCCGUUCGGGAACGUUGGCCCUAUGCCGGGUCCAGUGUCGAUGCAGGGUGGUGGGAUGCAGAUGAGUACGCUCCAGCAGAGAGCUGGGCUGGAUGGUGCCGGCGAUUUCAUUGGCGCGGGAGGGUCGGAUCCUCUGUCGUUCCCGUCUUCCUCACAGGUCAAUUUGGGCAAUCAGAUGGGGUCAGAUAAUCUGCAGGCGAUUUCGCAGCAGCAGCAGCAGAUGGAUGCAGUGCAUGAUAUGCAGCAGCAGCAGCAGCAGCAGCUACCAAUGUCUUACAACCAGCAACAGUUGCCACCACAACAUUCACAGCAGCUCCAGCAGCCACAGGCUACCGUGAAGUUGGAGAAUGGAGGAAGCAUGGUUAGCAUCAAGUCAGAGCAGCAGAUGGGGCAACCUGACCAGAAUGGUCCUGCCCAGAUGAUGCGAAGUUCUAGUGUGAAACUUGAGCCACAACAGCUGCAAGCCCAGAUGAUGAGGAGUUUAAGUUCAGUCAAGAUGGAGCAACAGACUUCAGAUUCAUCAGCAUUCUUGCAGCAGCAGCAACAGCAGCAGCAGCAACAACAACGUCAUUUGUUGCAGCUGACAAAGCAGAUUCGAAAUUGUCCAGACCUUGUAUCAAUGGGUGGACCAAACACAAUUGCAAACCCUCAAGCUGCUGCAGCUGCUCAACUGACCCUCUUGCAGCAGCAACGGAUCCUGCAUAUGCAACAGCAGCAUCAGCAGCAGCAGCAGCAACAACAACAGAUUCUUAAGAACUUGCCGUUGCAGAGAAACCAGUUGCAGCAACAACAACAGCAGCAUCAGCAACAGCAGCAACAGCAGCAGCUACUUCGUCAACAGAGUCUAAACAUGAGAACUCCAGGAAAGUCGCCUCCUUAUGAGCCAGGAACCUGUGCAAAGAGAUUGACUCAUUACAUGUAUCAUCAACAAAACAGACCGCAAGAUAACAAUAUUGAGUACUGGAGAAACUUUGUCAAUGAGUAUUUCGCUCCAAAUGCUAAAAAGAGGUGGAUGUAUGGCACUGUGAGAUUUGUAAUCGGAAACCUGGCCGUGGUUUUGAUAGCAUCUUGGGAGUUUUGUGCUAGGCGUCAUGAAGAACUUAUUCCACGGAGAUCUAUAAUACCACAGGUUAGUAACCUUGGCGCAGUUGUACAAAAGUACCAGGCUGCCGCACAAAACUCAACGAGUUUGUCUGCUCAGGACAUGCAGAAUAAUUGCAACUCGUUUGUUGCAUGUGCCCGACAAUUGGCCAAAGCACUGGAGGUUCCUUUAGUAAAUGAUUUAGGGUACACAAAACGAUAUGUUCGCUGCCUUCAGAUUGCUGAGGUCGUAAAUUGUAUGAAGGAUUUGAUUGAUCACAGCAGGCAGACUGGAUCUGGACCCAUUGAUAGCCUGCAUAAUUUUCCUCGGAGGACUCCUUCAGGGGUCAGCACCCUUCAACCACAGCAGCAGCAAACUGAGGAGCAGCAGGCCAUUCCCCAGAGUUCAAACCAGAGUGGUCAAAAUUCUGCUCCUAUGGCUGCUGUGCAGCCUUCUGCCUCUGCCAAUGGUGAUGUGACAUCAAAUAAUUCUCUCAGUUGUGCACCUUCUACAUCUGCACCUUCACCGUCAGUUGUUGGGCUCUUGCAAAAUUCAAUGAAUUCUAGACAAGAUCAUCCAAUGAGCAGCACUAAUGGUGGCCCAUAUAAUGGAGGCAAUGUGGCUAUUCCGAAGGUGAACUCUACAAGCUCACUACAGUCAAAUCCAUCUACCUCUUUCCCUUCCCCAGCACCGACAACAUCCAAUAACAGCAUGAUGCCUGCUCCUCAAAAUACAAAUCAACUAAGAUCCCCAACUACAUCAUCAAGCAUACCUCCGAUGCAGCCACCUGCUACUCGACCUCAGGAGGCUGAGCCAAGUGACUCGCAAAGCUCGGUUCAGAAGAUCUUGCAAGAUCUGAUGUCAUCACAGAUGAAUGGUGUUGGCCACUCGGGGAAUGAUAUGAAGACACCAAAUGGACUAACCCAUGGUGUCAAUGGGGUUAAUUGCUUAGUUGGCAAUGCUGUCACGAAUAACUCAGGGAUGGGAGGAAUGGGAUUUGGCGCCAUGAGUGGGUUCGGUCAUGGGAUGAGAACGGCAUUGACAAACAAUGCGAUGGCAAUGGGUGCAAGGAUGGGAAUGAAUCAGGGUGGACAUGACCUAUCGCAAUUGGGUCAGUUACACCAGCAUCAGCAGCAGCAUGACAUAGGAAACCAGCUGUUUGGUGGAUUUAGAUCAGCAAACAGCUUCAGUAACAUUCAAUAUGACUGGAAACCCUCACAAUAG